AUGGCCCAAAACAAUCUUCUCUCCAUUCUCCUUCUCCUUUCACUUGUUUUCUUCCUGGAAAUUCAGUGCAUUGCAGGAAGGCAGUUGAUUUUGGACCAGAACCAGGUGGAAACUAGGGCUACCCUUGAUCCCAAAACUAAUGCUGUUUCUGUCAACACUUAUAAAACGAAGUCUCCACCUUCACCACCAACUGUGGUGAAUGGAGCAAGAGAAAACCAAUCCCCUCCGCCCAAAAGCCAUGAAGACUUCAGGCCCACAUCGCCUGGUCACAGUCCUGGCGUUGGUCAUUCUGUUCAAAACUAG